AUGUCACAACUAGACUCUGCCCAACCGUCGAACGAGGCCAACGAAGUGGGGGAAGAUGGUUGCUACGUCGGACUGACGCACGACAAACUCGAUGUGCAACGCACAAUGGACAGAGUGCGAAGUCCAGAGGCUGGAGCAAUAGUGGUUUUUGUUGGCACAACACGCAACAGUUUCGACGGCAAGCCAGUCAAGGAGCUCAACUAUUCAGCCUACAACCCCAUGGCCCUGCGCACCAUGAUUUCUAUCUGUAAAGCCAUGAAGGCAAAGCACGGCCUCAAGGGCAUCGCCAUGGUGCACAGGCUAGGCGUCGUCCCUAUCUCCGAGGACAGCAUCGUCAUCGCCGUGUCAUCGCCCCACCGUCAGGCGGCCUGGAGGGCUGGCGAGGAGGCGUUGGAGGAGUGCAAGGCCAAGGUUGAGGUGUGGAAGCGCGAGGAGUUUGAGGGCGGCGAAGGAGUAUGGAGAGCCAACCGCGACGGCGCGCCCGGGCAGAGAAUUGAUACGGAGGAACCAAGAGUAGGGACUGCCAGUGGCGGGGAAAUUGAUGACUAG